AUGGAUCCAGUAUCAAUAAUCACUCUCACCGGCUCGGUCUUUACUACCGGGAAAUUCAUUACGAGUCUCAUCACAAAUCUCGUCACACUCAAGUCGAAAUAUAAAAGCGCCAGCCUUAUGGCCAGUCAUCUGAUUGUACAAUUGACGACUAUCAAAGCUGCGUUAGAUGAGAUGUCGAACUGGAUUGCAACAUCUCUUCAGGGAGCUGACAAAAACGAACAACUCAUAAUUAAUCUAGAAGGCUCUCUUGAAAGUUGUCAUGUUUUUUUAUUGAUGCUGGAAGAUCACAUUACCCGGCUGGAUCAGAAUGGUAUUGACCGGCAACUGAAAGGAAAAGUCAAAUUACUUUGGAACGAAAGUGAAAUUAAAGAACUCAACAAUUACUUGAAUAGACAAAUCAAUGCUGUGCUCGAAGUCUAUACGAAAACUCUUCAGAUGCAUCAAUUAUCCACAGGAACAAUAAUCUCUGGCCCAAAUCAUAUCAAUCUCUCCAGAUACUCCAUUAUAUUCUCUUAUCAGGUUGCAGUUACAGUGGAAAAGCCACCCUUGCAGAUUCUAUUGAGUUUCUUUAUCUCAGCAUGA